AUGGAGUUCAUGAACCCGUCCAUUGGCGUGUCCUGGGGGUAUUGGCCAGUUCCGGGUGCUCCGCUUCUGCCCGAUAUCGACUCGAGCACAUCAAUGGUGAUCGGGACUUCGAUCGUCGGUUGCGUCGUGUCAGUGUUGUUGAUGUUGCCUCGUAACGUGCCCAGCCUUUGCGACGACAUCGCCAAGAUAACCGACGAGAUGUCGAAGGUAUGGCAGGAGUCGAUGGACUACCUCUGCGGGCUGACCGGGAGCAUAGGGCACGAGUCGAGGCACACGCUCGCGACCAGGAUAUCGUGGCUGAUGAGCGAGCACGCCAGCCUGAAGGAGAGCGAGGGCGUCGCAGGCGUGGUGGUGCACCUUCGAGUGCGGCCGCAGCGGCGCGGUGCAGAGGCUGGCGCAGGCCUACACCAAAGACACGGCGGAGGCCAUGGACAUCUUGGAGGCUGUGAGGCGCUGCCUGCUCAACCAGAGUCUGUCGAUGAGGCCCGUGAACUUUGGAGCCGCCGUCAGGCGGCCGCUCUUCGAGCUCGUGGAGUCGACCCGCAGCACCCGCAAGCUGAGCGCGGACCUCAUCAUGCUGCGGCAGCACAGCCGGAGGCGCUUUAA